AUGUUUAAAUUGUUAGUGCUCCUGCUGAUAACACUGUCUGCCGUAUCGCCUGCUGCUGUAGGCAGGUCUUCCACCAUUGACAACCCUUGCCAGGUUGACGCAACCAGCACCGGGACACCAAAGUACUUGCCGAUAAAGGAACAAAUUGAGCUAACGAUAACGGCAGCGAACACUACAUAUACUAUGUGUCAACGGUUUAAAGAAGCACUGAGAACUGUGCUGACGCUCAAUGAAACAAACCAGUUGGAUUCCCCUAUACACAACAUUCCUGGCCUAUCUUUGGCAUGCAACGAUUCAGCCCUAAGUGCAGCUAAUGUCCUCGGCGCUUUCGAAGAUGACUACCAGGACAUCUCGGCCUAUAUUGUGUAUCUACAGUUUUUGCAAAAUUUACAGGCAAAGGACAAUGGGAAAUUCGCUGAAAACAACCAUCUUGUCAGCAAUCAGUUUUACUCCUGGCGCUGCAGUGUCAAUACCAUCAUGAGGUCUAACAACUUAUCUGUGACCCAAAUCGUAAACUCAGCAGUGGAUAAACAACUGGAAUCGUACGCCGCUAAAGACUCGAAAAACCGCUACUCUUUAUAUUAUGUACUCAUGAAGAAUGCUCAAGAUUUUGCAAAGAAUAAAACCCUUAAAUGGGCCACAUACCUACAGACAUUGUAA